AUGUCACCCGACUUGAUGAGUCGUUUCAUCCGUUUAAGUAGCGCCAAAGAAAUCUGGGAUGCCGUGAAGAAAACCUACUUUGAUGGUGGGGAUGAAACUUACCUUUUUUAUCUCAACAAAUGGGCGUUCUCCAUUAAACAGCAUGGUGCACCUGUCCACAAAUACUACAGCCAGCUGCAGACCAUCUUCCAGGAGAUUGAUCACCGCACUCCGAAUAGCAUGCACUGCGACGCCGAUGUGACUGAACGUCAAACCGAACUAGAUCGUCUUCGUGUUCACCUUUUUCUUUCCGGCCUCGACCCUCAGUUUGAUCAAGUCUGGGGGGAAAUUAUGCACAAAGAUCCCAAAUUAGACCUUGACCAAACCUUUGCCUGUCGCAAAGCUCAACAACGACAGACCAUGACCAGUACUCCAGACAAUGCGGUCCUGGCCACUGGACGUCCACGAGGCCCUCCGUCCUUUUCAAGUGGUGCUUCUCAUACUCAAGUCACAAGCUCUCUUCCGGAGCACAAAUGCACUCACUGUAGUGGAAGCAAACAUACCCGUGCUGGCUGUUACGAAUUGAUUGGGUACCCGGAUUAG